AUGUUUGGGAGGAUGCACAUUCAAAAGAUUGUGGCAGCUAGUGAGGAGACGGCCUUUACCAUCUUCUAUACAUUGCAAGUCGAAGACACAGACGACGACGAUUACCCAUGGAAGUACGAUGGCCCACCUAUGGAAAUAGAAGGACUUCUAGAUGAGCUGCAGAGCAUCAAUCUAGUAGCCGAAAAUCGUCAUGUCAGCCCUGUCGCUGAGAAUAUUAAGGCCGCUACUGCGAUCAUUGACGCUGGAAAGAGAUUGCCAGAGACUUUCAAAAAGGCAGUCAUUGAAGGAGGGGCUGCAGGCAACAAUUCAGGUAUUCAGGCAGACGCCGAAGAAAUCAAGACUCCAAAGGAUAUGGAGACAUAUUGCAAGAUCCAGAAACUUUUCUCUGGUGGCGACCACUUAACUGGCCCCCCCUUAGACAUCUGUCUUGAUGUUCUAAACGCCUCGAGGUUUCAACCACACGAUAAGUCGAAAUCGAUAUGGAAGUACAAUAUCGGAGCCCUUCCAGAUACCUGCGUUAAGGCCCUACGAAAUCAAAUUAGUGCUGUGUACUGGAUGAUUAGCAAGACGUUUGGAUUAUUACCAACCCAAGAUCCAUCUAGCAAACCUGAUCCUACCCGAGAGGCGAUUUCACAGAGAGCAGCAGCCUACUUUGUUACUGCACCUACAUACGGCGGCUUCGUUGUCGACACGAUGGGGUUUACCCUCUUAUUAUACCGAAGCUACUUGAUACGGUAUGGGGGUCCUGCAUAUGCUACUCAGCAGGGCCAUCCUGUCGUGGAGCAAUGGUGAUUAGCCAUUACAGAGCUAUUCCCAAAUUUCCGGCUGAUAGUUGCUUAUGGUGACACUCCUGUUGACCCGAAGCAACGCGUAUCACAUUUAUCAAGCGCGGCAAUGAAGUCCUACCCAGACAAUCUAAAGUCUGGCAAGUUGCUCAAGCGGUUAAGAUAUAUCUUCGAUACCACUAAUCCUGCGGUAUUUGAGACUGUGCUCUUUUCGUCAUAUGAGACACUCGUGACUUUGGUUACCGAGACACCAACAGUCGAGUCCGUUAUGGACGCAGAAGCCACAGGUGACUUAACCGUGCUAUCUAGCUGGCCUAAAGUUUUUCAUACUAUUCUGCUCGAUGAGGGGCAUAAAGAUGUGUGCGGUCCUUUGUCUAUAUCCACUUGAAGCUCAGGAAGUCGAGUAUUGGCACCGACAGCAAGCGUACAAUUAUGAGGAAGCAAUGGCGGAUUGGGCUGGGCCUGGCCCAGGUGUUGAUACAGCAGAUGGAACUCUAGUGGAUGCGGCAAUUUCAAGAAGCUUUCCUAAAAUUGCAGGGCCUCUUCGGUCGAUGACUAUCAACUCGCUGUCUCCGCUACUCAGCCGGCUCCAGAACCUAUUACUCCAUACCUCAGUUAGGAACCAGACAAUGAGCUGACACUGUCGACCAUAUUCAAACGAUGCGCGGGAAGGGAUUUAAUGCCUGGCAGUUCGCCUUUGCGACGAAAGAUGAUAACCGCCCCCUUCAUACAGGCUUCGAUCUACUUGCGUUCCUGACGUGAGGAAGUCCCAAAAUGUAACUCAUCCUUCGAGAGAUUCGCAAUUUAUGGG